AAGGGUGGAAGUAUCCUACUCCAAUGUAUGUUUGUGACCACUGAGCAGACUACCGGCCUUAACAUCCAGUGGGAUUUUAUUUCAUCAUCCUCCUUGAAGGCACAGCAGGUGUAUUACUAUCAAUCAGGAAUGGAUGUCAUCACAAAAUCUUAUGAGGGCAGGCUUCAGCCUCCCUCUUUCCCUAACGCAACCAGAAACGCCUCAAUAGUAAUAAGCAACAUGCAACCAUCAGAUACCGGAGUCUACACCUGCGAGGUUCACAACUUUCCUGAUGUGGCCGGAAAGUCUCAGGCCAACAUCAUUGUGAAUGUUCUUGAGAGGCCCUCUGCUCCGUAUUGCUCCGUCCACGGGGAUGUGGAAUCUGGUCAUUUGGUCACUCUGACCUGCCACAGUGAGCGUGGCAGCCCGGCCCCGACAUACACCUGGAUCAGACUGGAUCAGACCAAGACAAGGAUGCCUGUACUGGGAAGAACGACCCAAACCGGAAUACUGGAAAUCAGAAACAUAUCCCAGUUUGAGUUUGGGGAGUACCAGUGCAACGCUACAAAUGUGGUGGGAUUUUCAACUUGCACUAUAGAGCUGGGUCACGAAGUGGGAGACGGAGUGAUUGCUGGUGCGGUGAUCGGCGCGCUGCUAGGCUGUGUCCUCAUCAUCCUGGUCGUGUGGUUCAUCGCUCACACUUUGAAGAAACGCAAAUACAAAGCGGUCAGAGCAUCCGAGGCCAACGAGAUGAAGAGGAGCCCUCAUCAGGCCCAGGAAGACUCAGAGGGUGUUCCCAUGGCAACCACUGCCGGCAACCUCCAGGCCGAGGAUGAGCCACACGCCUAAAAAAGGCCCGUUGAAAACAACUGGAGCGACGUCACGAUUGUGAAUAACAGGAUGUCCAGUCUCCAACAUACGUCAUUAUCAAAUGUAAUCAAUAUGAUGGGGCUCAUGUUGCAUUUUGUUACAGGUUUUCUGAAUCUAGAAAGGUAAUAUCCUUACCAUUAAUUCACUCUUUUACAGCUUUUUUAAUGUGUUUUUUAAUACUAAUUUGCUUGAAUGUAGACACAAUAUUUGUAGUGAUUUUGUUUGUUUUAACGUCUCAUAGUUAGUACGGCAUUCAAACCAUGUUGUGUAGACCAGAGUGAGACAAGCUCAUUCCAUGUUUAUUGUCUUUUAUGAUUACCUUGUUAAAAAACAACAAAACCCGCAAUGAGACAAGCUUACAUUCAAAUUUAGUCUUUUAAACGAUAACAUAUCUGAAGUAUUACAACGGCUUUAGAAAAUGUAAUCUCCUGGAUCAACCUUUAGGUGAUCUUUGGUAAUACAAACUGCCAAGCAGCUGUGAAUUAAGUAUGACUGUUUUAUGUAAUAAGGUUCAGAGAUCUCGAUUAAAUGAAAUAUUGUGUUUUCUGA